UAUAUUUCUUAGCUUAGCUUCGCCGCGAGCUGUGAAAGCCCCCCCACCCCGCCUUCGUGUUCUGAUUUUCUUUUUGGCACCAAAUUUUUUGAAAUCACCAAAUUAGGGUUUCCUCGAACUUCUCCCCUAAAAAGCUCUGAAAUUUUAGGGUUUGUUUAUUGACCUGACCCCCCUUUAAUUCGAUUCAUCUGCCUCGAUUUACAGUCUCUCACAUGGCGACCGAAACCGAAGCGGUGGAAUCUCCGGUCAAGAAAGAUGGUGUUGUUGCUAAUUCCGUGAAGGAGACUGAGAAGAAAGAAGCUCCUGUAAGUGAUGACGGAGACAGCGAGGGGGAGAAGACUGGAAAAGAAAAUGAAUCGCCGGUCACGCCCGUUACUGAGAGGCCUAAGAGGACGAUAAAGAAAGUAGAGCCUCACAUUUUGCAUACUCCCUCCUCUCGAUCUUCGAGGAGCAAGCCCGUGUCAGUUCAGCAGGGUCGUGGAACACAGCUUAAGGAGAUUCCUAAUGUGGCUUAUAAACUAUCCAAGAGGAAACCUGACGACAACCUUUUCUUACUUCACACCAUUCUUUACGGCAAGAAAGGAAAGGUUCAGACGCUGAAAAGAAACAUUGGUCUAUUUUCGGGCUUUGUCUGGUCUGAGCAAGAGGAGGAGAAGCAAAGAGCAAGAACAAAGGAGAAGAUUGAGAAAUGUAUCAAAGACAAGUUAAUUGAUUUCUGUGAUGUGCUUGACAUACCCAUAAACAAAAGUAAUGUGAAAAAGGAAGAACUAGUCGUAAGCGUGCUUGAAUUUUUGCUAUGUCCCAAGGCAACAAGGGAUGUCGUACUUACUGAUCCUGAAAAGGAAACUAAAAAGCGGAAGAAGAGCACAGCCAAAAACGUGACUUCUGGAGAAUCAUCAGAUGUCCCUGCCAAGAGGAGAAGGCAGACAAAGGAAUCUGGAAAUAAGCAAGACCAGCCAUCCAAAAGCGAAGAUACUGAAACCGAAGAUGAGAAAGAUAAGGCUGAGGAGAAAAAGUCAACCAGUAAGAAAAACUCGUCAAAAAGAACUAAGGAGAAACCAGCAGCUGAAGAGGAGAAAUCUCUUAAAGGGUCUGCAAGAUCUGGUCGAAAGUCCUCUCUAAAAGUUGUUAAAUCAACUUCAUCUUCAAGCAAGAAGCAAAAGGUUGAUAAAGAUGAUUCCUCUAAAGAGAAAGGCAAGAAACAGACAAGUAAACCACAGGCAAAGGGAUCCAAAGAUCAAGGAAAAGCCAGUAAGAAAGGUAAUAAAAGAGAACCCACCAGAAAAGAAAUGCACGUAGUGGUUGCCAAAAUUCUGAAGGAAGUGGAUUUCAAUACGGCAACUUUAUCUGAUAUUCUGCGGAAGCUUGGGAGCCAUUUUGGAGUUGAUCUUAUGCAUAGAAAAACAGAGGUGAAGGAUAUCAUCACUGAUGCCAUUGACGAAAUGAGUGUUGAUGAUGAAAGAGAGGAAAACACAGAGGAUGAAGGUUGAGAAAAAGAAGGAAGAGGAAGAGUGAAAAGAUUAGUUGUCUUUCUUCUCAUUUCUGCAUAUCACAUAUGAAAAUUAAGAGAAAAAACUGUGACAGGUUUAACUUAAUCUUCAUGUGUUUAAUCUUAGGGGUGAUUUACAAAAUGGGAUUUGUUUGUACUAUGUUGUAUUAGGUAAUCAGGUAGGCUCAUGUUGUUUCAGGUUCUUCCUUCAACUUGUGUAGCUGUUAAGUUUCUAACUUAUUAUUUAUUUACAACUGAAUGAUUGGAUAUUUUGUGGAUUUGACUUAAUUGGGAUGUUUGUAAGGAUUUUUAAAAUCUC